AUGGCUGCUAAAUACGACGUAACAACACUCGAUCGUUAUUUGGACGAAGAUUUAACGUUAAUAAAUAAUAAGAAUGUGUGGAAAGAAUAUAAACGUGGCGCGCAAUAUAAAGACGAUAUAUGCUAUAUUUAUAAACCACCGGGUGAUUCUAUUUGGUGGAUUAAAUUAGUCGCACAUGUCGAAAAUGGUUCAAUGGCAAAUAUCGAAGAACUACUUGAUGGCAGCCUCAAAGAACGUCAUCCAGAAUGGCACGAACUUUUUAUCGAUGGUCGAAUAGUACACAAGAACGAGGAUGGUCGAAGUGAAAUUUGUUAUUUUCAGUAAGAUUUAUUGCGAUAAAAACAAACUUUAUAGUUUAUCAUGUGACUCGGAUCGAACUCGUCAAAUUUAUUUUUCCUUUUUUUCCAUGUAGUUUCAUAGAUUUGUUCUGCAUUUUUUUUAUCAAAAAAAUGUACUGUAAAAUUCUCAGCAAGAAUAUAAAAGGAUGUUUUAUCUCAAAACGAAGUUACUAAAAAAAAUUAUGAAAUAAUAUUGUGAAGCUUCAAUAUGGCUCAACUUUCUAAACUUUUUUUUUCUCUUGAAAAAGUCAGAGUGUUUUCUUAAGUUGCACAAAUAAAAAUCGUCAAGUCAAUUUUUUCGUUCAUUCAUUCGAGAACAAGAACUUAUCCAGCUUAUGAAAUAUGAAUGCAGCACGCCAUAUAAAAAAUUAAAAUUAAACCUCAUACACUCACUAUUAACCCAUGCACCUGAACUUUCUUGAAUAUUCCGAAACCUCUAAUCCAAAAUUAUGAUUUUUGCAAAAUCUCAAAAAAACAAUCAUUUUCUGCUUUACAUGGUGAUACAAAAACAUUUUUUAUUACAACAAAAAUACAAAGUUUUUUCAAGCCUUACAAAAUGACUAGUUAGCUUUUUUUAUACUUGAA